UGUGGUCUAGUGUAAAAAUAAGCCAUGCCAUAAUCAGACCGGCCACUAUCAGCCGAUAAAUAUAUCAAAUAUGGUAGUAUUAAAAUCGCCAUAGAACUGAUCAAAAGUGAUUUCAAUUAGAUUGAUAUUUACAAUAAUGAAUUUAAAAUGCCGUUUUUGUUGUUGUUGCUGUUGCCGAAAAGCGCAAGACACACAGUCGGUAAAAUCAUGGACAGCCGGUAGGGUCAAUGAGAAUUUUCAAAAAGAAGACACCGUUGUAACAGCUCCGCCAAAAGUGACAAUUACAGCAAGUGAUCCCAAACAAAUAGACCCUGUUGCUGAAAAUUCCCCCAGUUCGAAAAACCACUCCAUGGCAAGUGAUGGCGAUGAUGGUGCCUCCGUAUCAAAAAUUGAUUUAAAUUUGAAUAUCUUUGAAAAUGAACGUUUCGGUGAUAUGGCAGCCAUAAUUUAUAAAAGUCAAAUGAGUUUAGAUAAGAUAUAAUUAAAUUAUUUUAAUAAACAAAUGAAACUAUUUUAAGAAGAUGAUGUUUUAUAUCGCAAAUAAAAGAAGAAAAGAUAAAGAA